AUGAGUCCCGCGAAGAUGGACGAAAAUGCAGCCGCGCGGAUUCAAAAGGCUCGUGGCCAAAAAGACUCCUUCGCCAAACGCGCAGAGAUGGCCGCACGCAAUAACAAAGACCAGAAGCGCGACGGCCUGGACGGUUCUUGGCGCAAAAGUGAUUCCGGCCAAAAGAAGGCCGAUGGCAAUCCCGAGAAAUAA